GCACUGGCGUGACGUCAAGACGCCGCGGUCCGGACGUCGAAACUUAAAGACAGGAGCCAGCCGGGUCAAGAGCAUUCGCGGAGCCCUGUUGCCGUCGCCUGGAGCCGCCGCUGACGAGUCCCGGGGUCGUACGGCCGAGACAGUGAAAAAGCAUUCUGGCUCCCGAGGUCCACCCCUUACACCCCAGGGUGCAAAUGGCGGCCAACGUGGGUGAUCAGCGCAGCACAGAUUGGCCCUCUCAGUACAGUAUGGUGACCGGGGCAGGCAGAGAGAACGGGAUGGAGACUCCCAUGCACGAGAAUCCGGAGUGGGAGAAGGCCCGCCAGGCCCUGGCCAGCAUCAGCAAAGCGGGGGCCGCCAGCAGCUCCGCCAAGGCCAGCAGCAAUGGGCCUGUGGCCAGUGCACAAUACGUGUCCCAGGCAGAGGCCUCGGCCCUGCAGCAGCAGCAGUACUACCAGUGGUACCAGCAGUACAACUACACCUACCCCUACAGCUACUACUACCCGGUGCAGAGCGUGUACCAGAGCUACGGCUCCCCCUCCCAGUACGGCAUGGCCAGCUCCUACGGCUCAGCCGCGCCCCAGCACCAAGGGCCUCUGAACCAGCCCCCCGUCCCGGGCAUGGAUGAAGGCAUGCCCUACCAGGCGCCCCCUCAGCAGCUGCCCGCGGCCCAGCCCCCCCAGCCCGCCAACCCCCCGCAUGGGGCCCAUCCUCUGAGCAGUGGCCCCCAGCCUGGGACAGCCCCCGCCACCCAGCACAGCCAGGCAGGACCCACGUCAGGCCAGGCCUACGGGCAGCACACCUACCCUGAGCCGGUCAAGCCCAAGAAGGGCCAGCAGUUGUGGAAUCGCAUGAAGCCAGCCCCUGGGACUGGGGGACUCAAGUUCAACAUCCAGAAACGGCCCUUUCCCGUCACAAACCAGAACUUCAGCUCCACCACAGAGGGCCAGCACAGCGGCUUCGGCCCACAGCCCAACCCCGAGAAAGUCCAGAACCACAGGGGGAACCUGUCUGGGAAGCCGGACGACUGGCCGCAGGACAUGAAGGAGUACGUGGAACGCUGCUUCACGGCCUGCGAGUCAGAGGAGGACAAGGACCGCACGGAGAAGCUGCUCAAGGAGGUGCUGCAGGCGCGGCUGCAGGACGGCUCGGCCUACACCAUCGACUGGAGCCGCGAGCCCCUGCCCGGGCUGACUCGGGAGCCUGUGGCCGAGAGCCCCAAGAAGAAGCGGUGGGAGGCGCCCAGCACCCUCCAUCCUCCCAGGGGGGCAGCCUCCACGACCAGGGGCGGGGGUGCCCAGUCCCAGCGAGGGACGCCGGGGGCUGGGGGCGCCGGCCGAGCCCGGGGCAGCAGCUUCGCUAAGUUCGGCAACCGCAACGUCUUCAUGAAGGACCACAGCUCCUCCUCCAGCACCGACUCCCGCUCCCGCUCCUCCUCCCGCUCCCCCACCCGCCACUUCCGCCGCAGUGACUCGCACUCGGACUCCGAGAGUUCCUGCUCAGGCAAUGAGUGUCACCCUGUGGGCCGUAGGAACCCACCCCCCAAGGGCCGGGGGGGCCGGGGGGCUCAUAUGGACCGGGGCCGGGGCCGGGCACAGCGGGGCAAGAGGCACGACCUGGCACCCACCAAGCGCAGCCGCAAGAAGAUGGCAGCCCUGGAGUGUGAGGAGCCGGAGCGCGAGCUGAAGAAGCAGAAGCGGGCGGCGCGCUUCCAGCAUGGACACUCGCGCCGCCUGCGCCUGGAGCCCCUGGUGCUGCAGGUGGGCAGCCUGGAGGGCGGCACGGCCGACCCUGACUGGCAGGAGCUGCAGAUCGUGGGCACCUGCCUGGACGUCACCAAGCACUACCUACGCCUCACCUGUGCUCCUGACCCGUCCACAGUGCGCCCUGUGCCGGUUCUGAAGAAGUCGCUGUGCAUGGUCAAGUCCCACUGGAAGGAGAAGCAGGACUACGCCUUCGCCUGCGAGCAGAUGAAGUCCAUCCGGCAGGACCUCACGGUGCAGGGUGUGCGCACCGAGUUCACGGUGGAGGUGUACGAGACGCACGCGCGCAUCGCCUUGGAGAAGGGGGACCAUGAAGAGUUCAACCAGUGCCAGACGCAGCUCAAGUCGCUGUACGCCGAGAACCUGCCGGGCAACGUGGGCGAGUUCACCGCCUACCGAAUCCUCUAUUACAUCUUCACCAAGAACUCGGGAGACAUCACCACGGAGCUGGCGUACCUGACUCGGGAGCUGAAGGCGGACCCUUGCGUGGCCCACGCCCUGGCACUCAGGGCCGCCUGGGCUCUGGGCAACUACCACCGCUUCUUCCGGCUCUACUCUCACGCUCCCUGCAUGUCUGGCUACCUCGUGGACAAGUUUGCAGACCGGGAGCGCAAGGCUGCGCUCAAGGCAAUGAUCAAAACGUAUGUAAAGCUGAGCUCCGCCCCGCCCAGGCCGCGGGCCGCCCUGUCUCCUCCCCCUACCUGUGCGCUCGUCCUCAUCUGGACCCGCCCCUCUCUGCACAGCCCCCCGCCCCUCCCCUCUCUCCUGCUGCUCUCUGCUCAUGGCAGCCUGGAACCCCCCGACAUCAUCCUUGUCCAGGCCGCCUUCAUCCAAAGCCUCCCGCUUCCCCGACCCUCGAGGCCGAACCGCGCCCAGAGGCUGAGCGCCCCCGUGGGGCAGCCCGCAGAGCCGGCCCCGCCCUCAGCAGCUGUGGGCUCAGCGACCGGGCCUUGUGCCCUCGUGAAGGCUCAGAUGAGUUUAGGGCCGGGUGCAGGCAAGCGAGGCCGACAGCCCCCAAAGAGGGUGCCCUCUGCCCCGGGCAACGGUGUGUUCGCAUCUGUCAGGAGGGAGGCGCGCCAGGUGGGCUAAGGACACCCCUUUUGUCACGGCCGGAGUCGUCCCGGCUUCUAGGACUGGAGGCCGGGGAUGCGCUGAGCGUCCCACGGUGCCCAGGUCACCCCCACCAGGGCCACCUUCUGAGGUGACAGGCUGCCAAGCCCUGCUCAGAGGUCCCAGGGGCCUUGGGAGCCACGGGGCGCGGUCUGGGUGGGGGUGAACACCCACUGAAGGUUAGGAGGCUCCUUGUGGGCUCCAGUGUGGGAUGAGAACGUUUAAGGGUGAGGUAGGGGGCAGGGCCGUGCAAAGACAGGCAGUGAGGCGGGCUCAGCAGACAGGGCAGGGCGCGGGCUGCUUCCUGCCCAGAGCGCCGAGGGGCCUGUGUCUGAAGGGGCCCGCAUCUUCAGCAGAAACUGCCCCCUGUCCCAGGGCCAGUCCCACAGACGGCCAGGGUUCGAGGCAGGAGGGGUCCUGUGUCCCCCACUAGUGUGAGCUCAGUGGCUGUGCCCCUGGAGCCCUGCUCCUGGGUGCGUACAGCUGGGUGGGCCCGCUGCUGGGAGGGUGCAUGCACAGAGCUGCUGGCCGGCACCAGCCCGCCUCCUCUUAGCUGGGUGCUCAGCCUCCUCUGACCAGGGCGAGGCAAGCAGGAGGGGUGGUCCCCAGAUAGGAUCAGCCCCCUCCACCCCCCGCCCCUCGCAUC